AUGACCCGUGCUCUCGAAUUCUUCGAGCAACCAGAAUACAACUUGGUUUGUAUGGCUUGCAACAAUCAGCAAGAAUUGGAGGCUGAUGAUUUAUUGACUCACAUCCGGAACUGUGAUGGUGCUGGCUCAUCAGAUGAGGAGAUAAAAAUUAUGAAGGAGGCCAUGAAGUUUCUGGUACACUGGAAAAGUGACUACCGGAACGUCCUCCGAGUUCAUCGAGAAAUCGACAAUGGACAUAAUCUUUUCACUUGCUCCGCUACUUGCCCGAGUCAGAAGGACCCAAAUAGUCCCUGCACUUGUCCAGUACCCCCAAGAGAGGAAAUGUAUAAGAAAUUUAUACAGCCCCAUGUCUACCACCUUACUCUGAAUUUCGACUUCUAUCAAACGAAAUUGCAAGAACUGGAAAGGCAUCGAAUCGAGACGGAGUAUUCCGAUAAGCUAAAUGGAGCUCAAAACCAGAACCAGAGGAAAAAUUUGGAUCGAGAGAAGAGAACCGAAUUGUUUGAGGUCAAAAAGAAAACUAUGGCGGUUAUAAGGGAAAUGAGCAAUGGAAUUCAAGUGAUUCAAAGAACACAUUUGGAGACUCAUCAGGAGUAUGAUGAGCAAAUCCAGAGGCUUGGGUGA